AUGCCGGGGCUGAAGCAGCUGGGCCCGGUGCCACAGCAGCCCAAGAAGCGACUGGAGCGUGGGGCCCUGUCCAGCGCGUCCAUCUCGGCCCCCCUAGGCGACUUUCGCCACACGCUGCACGUGGGGCGCGGCGGUGACACCUUUGGGGACACCUCCUUCCUGGGCCACCACCAGGCCAGGGGGUCGCCCCCCGAGGCCCAGCCUCAGCCCGGGGAGCCCCUGGCCGCUCCCCCGCCACCAUCCGCCGCCGACCCACUACUGACCUUCCACCUGGACCUUGGGCCCUCCAUGCUGGACGCUGUGCUGGGCGUCAUGGACACGGGGCACCAGGGGGUCACGGCCCAGCCCCAAGGGGACCCCAGAACCGGCCUGCCACCUUCCCAGGCCUGCAGCCAGCAGCGGGAGCCGGAGCUGGAGCCCCACCAGCACAGCGUGACCAGCCUGUAG